AAGAAGGCACCAACUGCUCCAGGUAUUCAGGUUUACGGACCAUCCUGGAGGUCAGGGCCAGAGUUCGAGGGAUCCGGUGACCAUGAGGCAGGCGAUGGAGGCUGAGAACCCCCACUUUGAGCUUGGAGAACAAGGUCUGCGUAAGGUUCUGUCAGAUGUGAUCGAAGAAGUGAGGCGUUCAGUCAGCCAGGACAUCGACGGAGCGGAGAUCCUCCACGGUCUGCUGACCUCCUCCUGGCUGCAGUCGCUGCUCAAGGUGUACCAGUGCCUGCAGAGAUACCUGAGAGACUCUCCUGCCCCAAUGCUGGAUUACGCUUCAGGACUCUCUCUUCAGUUGCUGAUAGAUCUCAGAUCGUUGCCCUGCUGCUCUGAAGAGGCCGAAGAGCUGUUUCGACUCCUGCGACAGCCUCACCUGCAGGCUCUGCUGUCAGCUCACGAUACGGUGGCCCAGAAGGACUACGAGCCCGUUCUGCCGCCGAUACCGAACGAGCUGCCAGACAACGAAGAGGCGACUCGGAUCGUCUGCCUGGUGAAAAACAAACAGCCUCUGGGAGCGACCAUAAAGAGAAACGAGGUCACAGGCGAGAUUUUUGUGGCUCGUGUGAUUCACGGAGGGCUGGCUGAUCGAAGCGGUCUGCUUCAUGCAGGAGACCGGAUCGUAGAGGUGAACGGGUUUCCUGUGGACGGGAUGGAGCCUGAGCAGGUCAUCCAAGUUGUGCAAGCUCGUUCUCACGGCACCAUCAUGUUUAAGGUCAUCCCCAUCACAGAGAGGCCGAUCCACAACCAGACGAUGCUGUACGUCCGAGCCAUGACCGACUACAACCCCCAGCAGGACCCCUCCAUCCCCUGCGCCGACGCCGGGAUGAGCUUCAGGAGAGGCGACGUCCUGGAGAUCGUGGACCAGACGGACGCUCUCUGGUGGCAGGCCAAGAAACUGCCCAGCAGCUCGGCAUGCGCCGGCCUCGUCCCGUCCACCAACCUGCUCCGACGGAAGCAGAGGGAGUUCUGGUGGUCUCAGCCGUACCAGCCUCACGCCUGCAUCCAGACCCUCAGCCCUGUGGACGAAGAGGAGGACAUGAUGGCCAUCGAUGAGAAAUGUGUUGAAGCAGACGAGGAGGCGUUUGAAUCUGAGGAGCUCAGAGAAGAAGAGGAUGACUUCAGCAGCAACAUUGAAGGAGUAUAUUUGGCGGGCUUCAGGCGCAGCAUGCGUCUGUGUCGGCGACGCUCUCAGAGCACCACCCAGCCAUCCUGUCACACCCGCUGUCCGAGCAGCUGCCACAACUCCCUCAGCACCCCCUACGAGGAGGUGGUUCAUUACCAACGCCACCCGGAGAAUGCUCACCGCCUCAUCGUCCUCGCAGGCCCGUCAGGUGUGGGUGUGAACGAACUCCGGAGGCGUUUGAUUGAAAUGAACCCAAAUGUUUUCCAUGGACCUGUACCUCACACCACACGAACUCCCCGAGGAUACGAGGAGUUCGGCAGAGAGUAUUAUUUCACUAGUCGGGAGGUCUUCGACAACAUGAUCUACAAAAACAGGUUUCUGGAGUACGGUGAGUACAAAGGAAAUCUUUAUGGGACCAGCAUCGAUGCUGUGAAGGAAGUUCUGAACAGAGGGAAGAUCUGCAUUGUUGACAUCGAGCCAAACGCUGUGCAGGCAGUGAGGACCCAUGAAUUGAAAGCCUUCAUCAUCUACAUAAAGCCUCCCCCUCUGGAGCGCCUCAGGGUCACCAGAGAGAACUCAUACAUCACCACCAACUAUUACGUCAACCGACCAUUUAAAGAUGAAGAUUUCCAAGAGAUGGAGGAAGCGGCGAAGAAGAUGGAAUCUCAGCUCGGGCACUUCUUUGAUCAGGUGAUCGUGAACGAUGAGUUGCAGGACUCCUGUGUCCAGCUGUUGACAGCGGUGAGUAAGGCGCAGGAUGAGCCUCAGUGGGUCCCUGCCAGCUGGAUACGACCCACAGCCGAACAGUGAGAGCAGAAAGCAGGACAUAAAAACUAAUUUGGGUCAAUGGAAAAAAAAAUAAUAAUUCUGCAAAGAUGAAGAAUCUCAGCCUGGAAGGUCAGCAAUUGGAUGUCUGAGGCAAAAAAUGUAAA